AUGAAAGCCAUUAUCUUCGUUUUUUAUUUCAAUUUCGUCACUAUAUCCGCUGUGCUAGAUCCGAAGAUUCCGGAAAAUCGUCACUGGAAAGAUCAUUUUGAGAAAUUAGAUAUGAAGGCCCCGCCCUCUCCACGUCCGGAUCGAGAGCAUAUGCUUUGGAAAGCAGUUCCUUUAGCAUACUUGGAAAGGAAUAACCCGAAAGAAGCAGUUGAAAACUCCCAUCAUGGUGAUUAUUCGGGCGAUGAAGAUUGGAGAACCCUGGGAGAAGAGUAUCAAAAUGAAGUGGAAUUGGGAAUAGAUGACAGAAUUAAACAGAGAUUACAUCAAUCAUUGAAUGAAAUUCUGGCAUCAACUUCUCGAAGGGGAUUCCAGCGAUCAUAA